ACACAUACACAUAAACUCUACACACAACAUAUGCACACAUGCAUGGACAUGCAUACACAUGCACAAACAUAUACAGACAUACAUAUAUACGCACACAUAUACGUACAUACAUACAAACACACACACACAUGCAUACACAUACACGGACAUACAGACAUACACAUCAUGCAGACAUAUACAUACAUACAUACAUGUUAUUAA